AUGUCUCAGCGUACGGUCUUGAAUGAGCAGUAUAAGGGAUUGGUGGAGCGAAUGUCAGUCCCGGUUAAGCUUCAUGAGAGAGAGGGACGUCGCUAUGCUACCUGUGCUUCGUUAGUUCCCAUCCAUUGCUGCACGGCGGAACAGAAGGCAGAACUCUCGGUGUCAACCCACCACUACUGCGACGUGUUUACGGAACAAGUUUUAGCUCAUUUGGCUGAGCUAGCCUACGUCCGGCUAGAUGUUGACACUGCUGAAAAGGUAUUUUUGAAUCGUACCAAGCGUAUACUUAUUGUAUCUAGCGACGGUAAACUGGCCCAAUGGCGAUGUGCUCCGACUUUUGAGUCUGCGAAUAAUUAUAUCGCAGGUGCACCUAUUGUCAAUAAAGAUGGAAGCAUCGUUUCCAUAGUGACCGCCAAGCGGGGGAACCACUAUGCUGUAUCCAAUGCGGAGGGCGAAGGUGGGUACUUCGACACGUCCAGACCGUGGGAGAUCAUCGAUACUGGUGACGCUAAAUUCGUAUACGCGGACAAAACUUUCUCCACCCGCGAGGAAUUAAGGGAAUAUAUUAAUUCCCUUCCCCCCGCUUCACUCUCGUCACCCCCGCGGCCGCUUUUAAUCCGCGGAAACAGUCCCCGAGUGGCUCUAGUUGCAGAGAAUGGAAGGCAACUCGUUCAUAUUUAUCUAUCUGGAGUACUGGCUGAUGAUGUUCAGUACUUAUAA